GUGUGUGUGUGUGUGAGCGCGCAGCAGCCGGGCGUCGUGGUUUCGGUUGGCUGGGAGGAAGAGGAAUAACGAAUGUGGAGCCAAGAAGAAUUCCUCGUUGGCGAACGGCGCUGGGGCGAGAAGCAACACUAUCCACAGGAUUUCUGAAACGUUUUUACGGACUACACAUGUCUCCUUAGGGAAAAUUUAGGGAAGUUUUCCCCUUCACGCGUUCCCGGGUCGGAUAAGAUCACUCCGUCUUCUGGCAGCUUGGUGACGCCCACAAAAGGAACGGACUGACUAUAACUCAUGGCUUCCUUAGUGCUGGGACUUUCUCUGGUCUAUGAUUUAAGUGGCCUUUGAGCUUCCAGGUUGGUCCAGAAGGAUUAGGAAAGGAUGCCCUCUACCCUGCGACCAGUGCCCUCAUUUUUGGCCCUGAGACUACAGUGGGCUCCAUAAACAUGUACAGAGACACAGGGAUGUGUGCCACCCCUCUCUCUCAACCUCUUCCUCCACCCCACCUCCGUCUACCCCUCCAUAAUGGCCACUCUUCCAUGGGCGAUCCAGCCCUGUCCCGUGUCUCCGUGCCUAAAAUGGGAGUUCGAGCUCGGAUUGCAGAGUGGCCUCCUCGUAGGGCACUUUCACGAGAAUCGCUCCUUGAAAAUGGCCAGGGCAGUCAUCCGGAUGACCUCAACAGUGAGGAUGGGCUUACACAUGGAAAUGUGACCAGGUUACCACAGGGAGGUACCAGAGACAGUGACUUCCUUGAAUCAAGUCAAACGAGGGCUCCAGGCACACCACCGACCUUUCGGACUUCUGGAUUUGCUCUACUCCGACAGCGCUCCAACAGUGAGAUUACAUUAAGUGAGCAAGAUGAAACAGAGGUCGAAGGCCGUUUGUUCCGGGAAUAUGGCAGUACAUCUUCCAUCAAUGUACAGGCUGUUUCUGAUCAAAGCUUCUUUGACAUGCUCAACCAGUUCCAAAAGGAGCGGCCAGACCAACGUAGCACUGCCCCCGCCAAGCUUGAAGAGCUGCUUGGUGCUUCUUUAGAAGGACCCCCUUCACAUGCCUUCUUGUCGACACCACGGCCCGAUGACCGCCCAGAAAAUCGUGUACGCAAAAAGAGUGGUGGCACGGAGUCGUCUCUUGGCACCUCCUCCUUAUUCCGCAAACUCCGCAGCUCCAGCCGGGGAGAAACAGAGACUCCAAGAGUUGACUCGGAUGACACACGACUCCCUGAAACAUUAUCUUCCAAACCCUGGGUGUGUGUGCGGAGUUUUGCCCACUUUGACGCUCAGAGCAUUCUGUUUGAUUUGCACGAUGCGGCAGCUCGUCGGAGUUACGCUGCCCAGCGGCGAAACACAGCCACCGGAGCUUCAGCUGCUUCUACAGCUGCUGUUUCUUUGGCAGUUUCUAGAGCUAUUGCUCUGGGGGGAGUGGAGCCCAGCUUCUCCAGCACUGAUGACCUCAGUGUCAGGGACCUAUCGGAAGGAUCAACCCCAGGACUGGAACAUUCAGAGCAGGGUGGUUCUGCUAGCAUUAACCCCAACUCUCAGCAACAGUUGUUGCUGUGCUGCCCGCACUUCAUCAAUGAGACCGGAAGCUACAGGGAACGUAAUGUCAGCUUCCUGAGCUCAUGGGCGGAGCGAGGAGAGGCUGGCAUUGUGGAGCCCCUGCUUCGUCCACGUUGCAGUAAUGCCAGUGUGUCCAAACUUGAGGUACCGCCAGAGGUUCAAGCCACCAGGUUAGAGAGACUGCAGCAACACUGCAUCGAGCACGUUGACCUGGGUGCCAGAUACUACCAUGAGCACUUCUAUGGAAAAGAGCACUGGAACUACUUUGGUAACGAUGAGAAGCUGGGGCCCGUGGCUCUUAGCAUUCGAAGAGAGAAACUGGAUGAUACCAAAGAUUUAAAGGACCAGUACCAGUACCGCUUCAUCUUUCGCACUAAUGAGCUGGUCACGCUACGAGGAGCGAUCCUGGAGGACUCCAUUCUGUCCACAGCAAAGCACGGAACGCUUCGUGGUUUGCCUUUAAAGGAGGUUCUGGAGUAUGUGCUGCCAGAACUCAGCGUGUCCUGUUUGCGAAUGGCCCUCAGCACACCAAAGGUCACGGAGCAGCUUCUUAAACUGGACGAGCAGGGGCUCAGUCAGAAACACAAAGUGGGCAUCCUGCUGUGUCGAGCAGGACAGAGCACUGAGGAGGAGAUGUACAACAAUGAAGAGGCUACGCCAGCCUUCACCGCCUUCCUCAAGCUGCUGGGAGAAACUGUGUGUCUGAGGGGUUUCAACAAAUAUGCUGCCCAGCUAGACACCAAAACGGACUCAACUGGAACACACUCCCUGUAUACAACCUACCAGGACUACGAGAUCAUGUUUCACGUGUCCACCAUGCUUCCAUACAUGCCCAAUAAUCCUCAACAGCUCCUGAGGAAGAGGCACAUAGGAAAUGAUAUAGUCACGAUUAUAUUCCAGGAGCCGGGAGCCCUUCCCUUCACUCCACAGAAUAUUCGCUCUCACUUCCAGCACGUGUUCGUCAUUGUCCGUGUGCACAACCCUUGCUCUGACAACACCUGCUACAGUGUGGCAGUGACCCGCAUGAAGGACGUGCCUCCAUUUGGUCCACCGCUACCUUCAAGCGGAUUGACGUUCCGUGACCCAGCUGCCUUCCGCGCUUUCCUGCUGGCCAAGAUCAUAAAUGCAGAGAAUGCUGCGCACAAAUCAGAGAAGUUCCAUGCCAUGGCAACCCGCACACGCCAAGGAUACCUGCGGGACCUGGCGGAGAACUGCGUUUCCACUACGCCACUCGACACGGCUGGCAAGCUGAACAAUCUCAUCUCUCUGGCCUCCAAACGCAAGGAACGCAUCCGGGCACGCGAAGCUGCGGAAAUGGGUGCCUUAGGGGCGCUUGUUUGGCGUGUACUUGCGCAGGACUUCAGUGGCGGAGGAGCCGAGCUUCCCUGUGCUCUAGCCAUCUCCAACGAGUACAUUGUCCUGGCGGACUGCUCCACCAAAGAGGUGAUAUUUAACUGUUUCUGUGCUGAUGUGAUUGGUUGGACAGCAGAGAGACUUGCACUGAAGAUUUUCUAUGGUAGAGGAGACCACGUUGCCUUACGGGUACACGAGGGCAGUGCACAAGAUAUCAGAGAGGUUGUGCAGAGACUUAAGGCAUUGACUAUAGGUUGUGAGACAGUUGAUAUGACGUUACGACGUAAUGGUUUAGGCCAGCUUGGUUUCCAUGUGCGUUUGGACGGAACUGUGUCCGAAGUGGAGGAAUACGGCUUCGCUUGGCAGGCAGGGCUCCGGCAGGGUAGCCGGUUGGUAGAAAUCUGCAAGGUUGCCGCUGUGACGCUCUCCCACGAGCAGAUGAUCGACCUACUGCGGACUUCGGUCACCGUAAAAGUGGUCAUUAUUCCACCUUUUGAAGAGGGAGGGCCACGCAGGGGCUGUACAGAGGAGUACAAGAUGAAGAUGAUGGAGCAGAAGGGAGAAGCGGAGCCAGUGGCUGCAGGCUAUCGUGCUGGGCAGCAAACCCAAGUGUGGCGCUGGGACAGCCCCCCUAGUACACACAGCUCUGCUCAGCGCUGGACCCCCAGCGGACCCCCACCAGUUCCCAGCCGUACACACAAAGCUCUGGUCCCCAUUCCAUACAGAGAGCCCCAACACAUUUCUGCAAAACGGCCUGUCAGUUACCCAGAGAACCAUUACAGUGUGUCUCCUCUUGGCGGGGACAGAGGGAUGCCAUACAGAAACCCCUCUGCUAGUUUCUCCAGUCCAGGCUCUGGGUUCAGCUCCACAGCACUGGGGGUCCCGGGACUCAGCGGACCCUUUGUCCACUAUAAAACCACUCGAGACGGGUUUGGGUCAGUCCAGCGGCCUCUCCAGCCGUUUGAUCCACACGUUACUGUCGAUGUCUCGAGUGGAGAAUCAUCAUCUGGCUUCACAAGCCAAGAAAGCACGAUGGAGCGCAACAAGUCAGAGCAACUGUGGCAUCUUCCUGUUUCAUCACGAGGUGUGACAGUGGGCUCAGCUCCGAGAAGACAGACUCGACAGGACGUUGCAGGGAAGGACUCUCCAAACCGCCACUCUAAGGGUGAGGCACACUAUUCCAGUCACUCCAGCAGUAACACGCUCUCCAGCAAUGCUUCCAGCAGUCACAGCGACGAGCGCUGGUUUGACAGCGUGGGAGGUGGGGUUUCUGGUGCCCUGAGUGACCCCUCAGACCCCGACCCUGACCCCAUGGGCAAGGGAGGGUCCAAUGACAGUGGCAUCGAUGCAUCUCUUUACACACCAAGUCCUAACACUAAAGGAGCCAAACCUAGCCGAAGCCUAGCAGGAACCCCACAUAAACCUCUGCAUGGCUCUGCUACAUACAGCGGCUUGCAGGAGCUGUCCGGAGCGGGAGGGUGGGCGGCAGGAGAGGGUCACCGCAGGGAGUCGUCACCCGUCAUUGCAUCAGCCAAUCAAAGCAAGAACUAUCGCACACGCACAUUCCCCCCUCCUGGAUCAGCUAAUGUCGACAACUUCAAACCAAGGACCUGCUAUACCCCUCAAGGGUACAAGACCCCUGCUGUGGCCGAUAAACCCAGGCCUUUCAGAUCUUCAACGGUCACACCCACAUCAGGCUUUGGCCAGCUCUCAAGCUCCGCCCCCAAGUCAUUUAGUAAAAGCAAGAGUACAUGGCAACAGGAGGAGAACAUCACAGCAACCAGCACCACCUCCACUGACAGCAACAGCAACAAGCAGGUGGAUACGAACAGUAAGAAUGUGUUCGGACAGCCCCGGUUACGUGCCUCUCUGAGGGACCUGCGCUCACCACGCAGAUCUCAUAAGAGCACUGUUGAGGACGACUUGAAAAAGCUCAUCAUCAUGGACAACCCGGCAGAGACACCAUCACGGGAUGCGUCUCCUCAUCGGACCUUGCAACGCACUUUCUCAGAUGAGAGUCUGUGCAGUGGACGGAGAGAUUCUAGUUAUGCAAGCACGCCUCUUUUUGAAGGACAAGUGCCGCCCAGUGACCUUCUCUUCACCUGCACGCUGCCUACUCGCCGCCACAACACCAAUCAUGGAGCCCUCAUUCCUAGUAAGAAAGUACCGUUGUCUGCAUCAGAAUUAUCUCUAACUGAGGUGAGGGAUAAGGUUCCACCUCUCAGAAGACUGGACCCUGGACUCAUGCCGCUUCCUGACACUGCCUGUGGUCUAGAGUGGUCCAGCUUAGUUAAUGCAGCCAAAGCAUAUGAAGUGCAAAGAGCUGUUUCUUUAUUUUCAUUGUCUGAGUCUCAUGCGGGCGGCAGUGAGUUGAGACCGGUCAUCAGCCCGGUGCAUUUCCACACGCCACAGACUCCUCGCACCACUCCUACUUUCAGCAGUGAAGAGGUUCCUAAUGACCUGUCUGGGCGACUGUAUCAUCUGGAAGUCAUGCUGAAACAGCUGAACAGUGAUCUGGAAAAAGAGAAACAGGACAAGGUAGUGUUGUUAGCAGAGAUGGCUAAUCUAAGGCAGAACAACCAGCGUCUGCAGGAGGAAUCGCACUCAGCCAGUGAACAGCUCCGCAAGUUCAGUAAAAUCCUAUCCUCCACCAUGCCCGAAAGGAAAUGACUGUUCCCUUUCAUUUGAGAGAAGAUGAGAGGAGAUCUUCACGUACCUGCACUUUGCCUAAUAUGGCAUGUUAAAUGCCAACAGCUAAUUUAAUUCCCAGUCUCUUAUCAUCCAGUACAUC